AUGGCGCACCGGAGUUUCCCUCGAACUCUGUCUGUUGAUGUCUCCUGCUUUAUGCAGUCUAAGAGUCGUGAGGAUGUGGCUAAAAUUAUUUUUGACAAGUAUAAUGAGGUUUAUGGGACCCCCACCAUCCAGAUCCUUCCUGGGGGGGUAGCCAGAAUUACUUUUAAGGAAGCGGUUGCAAAACAAAGUCUUUUGAGGCAUGAUAAAAUUUCGCUUGAUGGCCGCUCCUGUAAGAUCUUUGCGGAUCGGCGUCUUGUUUGGGUGCAAGUUCAUCAUUACCCGUCGGAAGCAUUUGAUAUUGUUAUUGAAGAGUUCUUUAUGUCUUAUGGCACGGUCAAACUAGUUAAACGCCAACAUUGGGUGGCCCUUCCUGACGUACAAACUGGCACUCGCCUUGUCGGAAUCCUCCUUGACAAGCAGGUUCCCCGUAACGUUAUCAUUGGUGGUUUUAAUUGUAAGACUUGGUACAGGGGGCAGCCGGUUACUUGUGAUCUGUGCGGGAAGGAGGGCCAUGUUUUGUCAAAUUGUCCCAUUCGUGGAAAAUGUCGUCGUUGUAUGGAGCCGGGUCAUUUUGCGAGACUGUCCCCG